GUCACUUCGCCCAGACACUCACUGAGAGUGUUGCAGAUAGGACAUCAGCGCUAUGGAGGUCUUCAUGGAGGCAGUUGACUACCUUGAGUCACAGCAUAUUCCAGUGGAGGGUGUAAGUGAGCCAAGUCCUGAUCCACUGCAGGAGGAUGUGUUCCCAGAGGUGGAUGUGUUCUCCCCCCUCCAGACAGAGAGCAUGGACCUGCCCGACACCCCUGUCCUGCGAACCCCUGAAGAGAUGCUGGAUAGGAGGCUCAUGGUGCUGAAAACUAUGCUGGACAGUGAGAAGAUCUACCUCAACGAGCUGGAGAGACUGUUGACGCCUAUGAAGGCUCUAAAGGCCACAGCAGGGACGUCUCAGCCGGUUCUGUCCAGCCAGCAGGUCCAGACUGUGUUCUACCAGGUGCCUGAGCUCAGAGACCUGCACAGAGACUUCUACACUGGCCUGAGGGACCGCCUGGGGUCCCUGGAGCCACAAGCACACCCAGAGACAGUCCAGGGGCCUGGGCCAGGGCCGGGGCCUGGGCUGGGGCUGGGGGAGGGGAAAGAGCAAAGCCAAAGCGGCUACCAGCUAACGGUUGGAGACCUCUUCCUAAAGAUUGUGAGCCAACUAGUUGUGUAUCGUGGCUUCAUUGAUAACUAUGAGAGUGCUGUUGAGAUCGUGAGGCGCUGUACUCAGACUGACCAGCGCUUCAGGAUACUGGCCGAGAGUAUGAUGUCUCAUAAUGGAUCAGACAGAUCUAAGACUAAAUACACCUUUGAGGCUCUCCUGUACAAGCCUCUGGACAGAGUCACCAAGACAACCCUUGUUUUGCAUGACCUGUUGAAACACACUCCCCAGCAGCAUAGUGACCACCCCGUGCUGCAGGAGGUUCUGAGACUGUCCCGGAGCUUCCUGUCUGGGGUCAACGAGGGAUCACAGUGCAAACGAGAGGUCACCCUCAGCAGAGGCAUGCGGCGUCAGCUGAUGCGUGAUGGCUUCGUGGUGGAUAUGUAUGAGGGGGGGCGUAACCUCCGUCAUCUCUUCUUGUACACUGACCUGCUGCUGUGCACCAAACUCAAGGGCGGGGCCCAAGGUAAGCAGGCCCAGUACAGGUUCUGUUGGUACCUGCCUCUGGCUGGACUGAAACUACGCUGGGGACCAGAGAUGGAGCGCACCACGGACACACACCAUCGCAUACACGCCAUGAGAGCCAAGAUGUACCUGCUUAGACACGAGCUACGACAGACAAUGAAGCCUGUCCUACAGAAGCCUGUCCUACAGAAGUGCUUGGCAGCUCGUGCUAUAGAGCGAAGCAGAUGGAAGAAGAUGGAGCAGCUUGAACUGAUGAUUCUCACACACUCUCCUCUCCUCCCCCUGGAACUACACAGCCCAAGCGGAAAGGCACGCACACACACACACACACACACACACACAAACACUCUCUCACACAAACACACACACUCACACUCACACACACACACACACUCACACUCACAAGCAUGUGUGUGUUCUUUUUCAGAACCACACUCUGAUGAUGUCAUCUCUCUCCAGCAGCGUGCCGACACUGGCCUCGGGGUUGGCCAGGAGGACGCAGAGCAGGACAUAGAAAUGGUUCCUCCAGAUCUGCUCACCCUAACCAGCUCCUGUGUCAAACUGAGAAUGACCCAACAGCCUCCCCUUCACAGCAUACUGCUUGAUGAGGAACAGUCUCUAUGUGGGACUCUUAGUGUAGCUGUUCACUCUGCCUGUGGACUACAACAGCCAGCCAGUGUGUAUGUGUGUGUGGAGGUGGAUGGCUUUGAGUUCUAUGAGCGCCAUGCCCAGACCCACUCCUCUGUCAGCAGCCUCAGCCCUCACUGGGACCAGGAGUUCUCCUUCCAGGUGGAUGGGGCUCAAAACCUCAGGGUGCUGUGUGUGUUGCAGCCAGAGGAAGGAGAGAGCUGUGAGGACCGAGUCGUAUGCAAGACCUCCAUACAGCUGGACCCAGGCCACCUACAGAAGCGAUGGAGGAGACAGACCCUCUCUCUAGGCCAGGUGGAGGUGACUCUGUCUCUAAAGUACUGCCCUCACCCUCUAGACCCGCCCUGUCUGGCCCCUGCCCAGCAACAGUCCAUCUUCUGCAUGCCCAUUGGAGCUGUGGCACAACAAGAGGGUGUCCUGGUGCCACAUGUGGUGCGUUUCUGUGUAGAGGAGGUGGAGCGGAGAGGACUGGAGGAGGUGGGCAUCUAUAGGCUAUCAGCAGCUACCAGUGACAUCACCAACCUCAAGACUGCUUUCAACACCAGUCUGCGUGAGGCAGUGUCUAGGUUGAGGUGUGUAGAUGUGAAUGCUGUCUCAGGUAUACUGAAGCUUUACUUCAGAGAACUCCCUGAACCCCUCAUACCGACAGAGCUGUUCCAGAGCUUCACCAAGGCAUUGGACAUCCCAGACCUGAGCUCCAGGAGUGUGACCAUGUUGUCUCUGCUCCAGUCCUGUCCCUCCGUCAACCAAAACACCUUCCUGUUCCUCCUCCACCACCUCAGAAGAGUAUCAGACAGACAGGAUGUGAACAAGAUGCCUCUGAUGAACCUGGCCACUGUGUUUGGUCCCAGUCUAGUGCGCCCCCCUGUGGCUGUUCUGGGGCAGUGCGGCCCGACAGUGGACAUCUCUCAGGAGGUGGUAGUGCAGGUCCAGGUUGUGUAUUUCUAUCUGCAGUGUGACAACCUGCCUGAAGCCCAGACCUGCAUACCACAUGACACAGAGACCACUGAGGAAGAUGAGACCACCAACAUAUGAACCUUAAACUCCUGGAAACAUCACUGUUGGCCAACAGAGUCUCAGGAGAAAGAGAGAGAGGGGACAUGUAAUCUACAGAUGUUGUAAAGAUAAAUACAUAUAUUUAUUUGUAAAGCUUUGGGCUGAUCAACCUGUCCUUUACUUUCAAUGCGGUACUAGGUCCUAGGAGGUAGAGAAAUGAACAGUGGGUGCACAUGGGAGGGUGUAAGGAGACAGUCGAUUUGGGGCGGCAGGGGGUUGGUGUGUGUCACACAGCGCAGAUGUUGUAAAAAGGUUAGGGGGUCACCUCCCUGGCUUGAAAUCCCAUCAGUUACGGUUCAAACCCAACUAGACGGAGUUCACACAUACACACUCAUACACACACCACCACCACAACCGCAACCACCCCAGCUGGGGGUCUCCUUUCAGACUCCAGUGCCGCACCACCUGGGCAGGGUGGGCUAAUGUUACCUCCCCCCCCUGCCGCCUUUUGAUCCCUAAUCCCACCUACCCCGGCCUACCGAUCCCUUCUCCCUCUCUCCCGCUCCCACCACGCAUUCCGACCGCCUCGGAGCAUUUCGGGAAGCCCGCUACAUGGCGUGUGUGUGUGCCUGCCAUAACAACAUCCAGACCGCGCCUGGAAACAAAGAAACGCGGAACCCUUGCCCUCCCCUAAGGCCCCUGGUGUCGUAAAUCACCUGUCCCCACUAACCCUGCGACUGCCAAAAUAAGGUUCCCAUUGUAGACUACAAAUACAUCAGAGUAGAGCUGGAGUCUGGAGAAGCUGUGUCUGAAUAAUAGAGGGGAAACAGACAUCCAUGACCAAAGGUCUAUAGUAUCUCUAUAGUAUCUCUAGGGUGGAGGGGAGGUGAAAUUUACCACGGCCAGGGCUAAGGAUAGGUAGGGGUGGGUUGGACAGGGCGAAGGAUAGGUAGGGGUGGG